AUGCAUAACGAAGCUUGCGGCGACAUUGUUGCCCUACCUACUGUCGAUAUGCUGUGGUCAUUGGCAGGGCCAAGACCAAGACCAAGACCAAUACUGUACCGACAUGAAAGCAAAAUCUAUGCUUUCAGCGGACAAAAGGUUCAGGUCAACAAGCGAACCCAUCGUGUUGUGAGAUCAAGUCUGAUCAGAUAUACCCACCACCCGCACAUUGCUACACCUUCCCUCGGGCCAUUGGUAUGCGCGUUCCACGACCAUGCCUAUGUACGUCAAGCGAGUGAUAGGCGCUCGAUGAAAGCCGAAUCAGGGCAAAGGGUAGCGGCGAACAGCCAGUUUAUCAAGACAGUUGACAAUGUCUGGUGUGCUGAGGAUUGCCUUGUGCGUUCAUGGAUAUACAGCUACUGCUCCUACCCAUAUGUGGUAGGUAUCGAACGUGACUACGUCAUUUUCACACGACGCGCACAGCGUCUGUAG